AUGGAGCGUAAGAAAACAGCAGGACGUCGAAAAAUCCCAUUGGUGAAGAUAGAAAAGCAUGUUGAUCAAUAUUCUACAUUCUCUAAACGAUGUUCUGACUUAUACAAAGAAGGUAGCGAACUCGUUAGAGAAAAUGAUGUCGAUCUUGGUAUCGUUCUAACUUCACCAACUGAUAAAACAUAUGCUUUCGUCCAUCCAACUUCUAAUGCGGCCAUUGAUCGUUUUAUGAACUUGAAAACAGAUUUCGGUGAUCAAAUUAUUGUUGAAAAUUCACGUAAUAAAACUAGAGAUAAAAAUCGUUGGGAGUCCAUCGAUCAGUUAAAUGCAAAUGAGAUAAUGAAGUUUCAAGCUUGGUUAGAUGUCGGAGAAUUUAUGUUGAAGGAUCAAUUACCUGAAGCUUCGUCUUCCUCGCAGUCUCCACCAGAAGACGCAAAUAUCUAG